UAAUUAAUCAUGCAUAACUUAAAUUUUAGGCAAAAGUGUCAAUCAUAUCUCAUUGUCUUGGGAUGAAAUAAUUCGCCUUAAAGAUAAAACUCAUUUUGAUGAAACAGAAAUCCAAACUCUCUAUGAACAAUUUAAGACACUGGCACCUGAAGAGAAGGGCAUCACGAGAGAGGCAUUUAACCAAUGUUUGGGACCACUCGGUAGACAAACUAAUUUAGUAAUGGACAGAAUGUUCUUGUUUUAUGAUCAAAAUGAAGAUGGUGCAAUCUCAUUCGAAGAAUUCGUCUGUGCCCUCUCUGUUUUGGUAAAAGAUGGUCGAGAUGAAAAACUGAAGUUUGUAUUUGAAGGAUAUGAUUUAGACAAGAAAGGUUAUUUAGUGUACAAGGACUUUCACGAUAUGUUCAAAGCAUAUUUUAAUGUAAGCAUUGAGCUGGUAAGAGAUUACAUAAAAGGUUGCGAAGAAGAAAUGAGGGCUACGUUUGAUGAAACUGCAGAUAAACCUGUUUCGUCUGUGUUUCAUGCGCCCAUCCCCAACGACGUGGGCAGUGCUUCUGGUGUAGAUAUCAAAUCUCUUCACCAAUUGCGGUCUGGGACAGGUGGCAGUGGUGGUGCUCAGCCAUUGAUGGAGGCUAUGUCGCAAGAUGCUAUUGAUGAGAUGGUUGCCAAUGUUUUCAAAUGUGCCGACUUGGAUGCGGAUGGAAAGAUCACUUUUGACGAGUUUAAAACGUGGGCUGUUUUAGAUAACACUAUCUUAGCAUGGUUUGAUGCCCUUGGAACUGUAUUUUGAUUUGGACUUGUAGCUCUUGUACAAUCGAAACAAUAUUCACCUAAUCCCGUAGUAGAGCCGGCUGUAUGAAUCUCUUAUCCGUCGCAAAUAGUGAACAAAUAAUACAUUAUUAUUGUAAGUAUUAUAUAGUAUAUUAAUUAAUAGAUUUAAUUUACAAUAUAGCCACAUAUCUACAUAUCUGAGCAUGCCAUAUACCUAUACGAGACGGGGACAGUUGCUGCCCCCCCCCCCCCGCCAGAAAAAUUGAAGUUGGCAAUAUUAAACGUAAAUUGGGCAAAAAGAGGGAGGAAAUAAAUUGAAAAGCAAGAAAUAUGUAAGAUAAUAGUCGAAAAUGCAAGAAAUAUGUUAUGUUGUCAAAAGAAAAUGCCCCGCGUUGACAAAUUUAUUUAUCCCCGCCCCCUCUUUCCCCCUGCCGUGCCCCUAUGUAUGUUUUUUUGGCCAAAAAAGGUGAAAUUUGUGUAUUUGGUGGAUGUAUGUUUUUUGGCCAAAAAAGGUGAAAUUUGUGUAUUAUAAGGUAUAUCAGACGGUUUGGCCAAAACUAGUAUGUCAUCAACAUAUCUUAUAUAGAAUUUUAUAGUUUCGUUUUCGAAAAGGUCUUUUAUCCGACUUUAGCUAACAUCAUCAUCAUGAUCGCAUUAGAAGACGAAAUAAUAAAAGACCUUUUCGAAAACGAAACUAUAAAAUUCUAUAUAAGAUAAGCUAUAUGUUCUAUGCUGCUUGAAAACUGCGUGUAAGAUAGAUUUUUGAAGUUCUAGGUUACCUGUAGGAAAUAUAUGUAUAUACUAUUAUUAUUUUUAUAUACACAUGCAAGUUAAUGUUUUACCGACUGUUUUAAGGGAGCGAGUCUCGAUCAAUAUAAAAGGGUCCCUUUU